UACAGACAGAGGACCAGGUCUCUGAGAAGCCCACCCAACUGAAAACACUGCAGAACUGCAGCCUCCUUCACAGCAACCAUGAGUGAGAACACUGAUAAGAUGCAGGACAGUCUCUGGCAGUUGAGAUGUCACUUCACAUGGGGGCUGCUAUUGGAAGACAAUGAAAUGCCAGAUUUAGAAAGCAGGGUCUUGGAACAGAUUGAGUUCCUAGACACCAAAAACAAUGUGGGGAUUCACAACCUCCUGGCUUAUGUGAAGCACCUGAAAGGCCAGGAUGAGCAGGCCUUGCAGACCCUGAGAGAAGCUGAAGACUUGAUCCAGAGGGAGCACGCAGACCAGGCAGACAUGAGAAGCCUGGUGACCUGGGGCAACUAUGCCUGGGUGUAUCACCACAUGGGCAGAUGGGCAGAAGCCCAGGUUUACCUGGACAAGGUGGAGAACACUUGCAAGAAGUUGGCAAGUCCCUCCCGCUACAGGCUGGAGUCUCCUGAGAUGGACUGUGAGGAAGGAUGGGCCUUGCUGAAGUGUGGAGGACAGUAUUACAAGCGGGCCAAGGCCUGCUUUGAGAAGGCUCUGGCAGUGGAGCCUGAAAACCCUGAAUUCAGCCUGGGGUUCGCCAUCACUGCCUACCGCCUAGAUUACAUUCAUGAAGAUGUAAUUUCUCUAGACCCCUUGAGUAAGGCUGUCCAACUAAAUCCAGAUAAUACGUACAUUAAGGUUCUCCUUGCCCUGAAGCUCCAAGAUAUAGGACAGGAAGCUGAGGGAGAACACUACAUUGAGGAAGCUCUGAGCAGCAUGUCCUCCCAAACCUACGUCUUUCGAUAUGCGAGUAAGUUUUACCGCAAAAAAGGCUGUGUGGAUAGAGCUAUUCAGCUCUUGGCAAAGGCCUUGCGGGCCGUACCCCACUCUGCCUUCCUGCAUCACCAAAUGGGGCUUUGCUACAGGGCAAAACUGUUGCAAAUAAAGAAAGCUAAAGACAUGCAGUCUAGCGGGCAGGAUAGAGAACAUGUGGACAGAAUAGUAAGAUUAGUCAUAUUUCAUUUUGAAUUUGCUCUGCAAAAAAAGCCUACAUUUGCUUGUGCUCUUCUACAAUUGGCACGUAUGUAUGUUGAAGCAAAGGAUUACAGAAAAGCUGAAGACAGCUACCGGAAGUUGUUAUUGAUGAAACCAUAUGAGGAGCAAGUACUGGUCGAUGCACAUUUCUACUAUGGUCAAUUUCAGGAAUUUCAUAAGAAUUCUGAAGUUGGUGCAAUUAAGCAUUACUUAAAAGUGGUAAAAACAGAAAAGGCCUCAUUUUUAAGGGAUAAAAGUAUGAAGUCUUUAGAGAAAUUAGCCUUAAGGAAACUUCAGAGAAAUGCAUUCGACCUGGAAGGCCUGAGCCUCAUGGGUUUUGUCUACAAAUUGAAAGGAAAAGUGAAAGAAGCCCUGGUGUACUAUGAGCAGGCCCUGCACCUGGCUGCUGGUUCUAAGAAUACUGGGGGACAUGAUCCCUAGGCACUGAAAUAUCAGUCACUUUCACAUUUUAUUCUCUUUAAGGUUCAUAUGCACUAUAAUCAUCUAUUCUGUUUGCUGCUUUCAAAAACAUAUCAUGUAAUUCAUUGUAAUGAUAUAAUUUCUGAACAAUUAUGCAAACAACGUAAACAAUGUAACCUUAG